ACUGUAGUGUUUAGUGUGUGUGUUUGGGACGCACUAUAGUGUUUAGUGUGUGUGUGUGUGUUUGGGUUGGGUUGAGGACGCACUGUAGUGUUUAGUGUGUGCGUGUGUGUGUUUGGGUUGGGGACGCACUUUAGUGUGUGUGUGUGUGUGUGUUUGGGUUGGGUUGAGGACGCACUGUAGUGUUUAGUGACGCUGCGCGUGCAGUUGUGGAAGGAUUCAGAAAGGAAUGUCGCCAGAAGGUGAUGACCUGAGUCACGGUUUCGGUUUAUUCCGCUCUUUACCGGUGUUUAUAAUAACACACUUCGCUAAAUGUGAGCGUUUCACAGGAUUUAAACCAAACAGCGGAAACACUAACAGUAUCCGCAUCCCUGGGAGAACAUGAGGAGCGUGAGGCUGAGUGAAAUGGGCUCCUCUUGGCUGUAGGACUUGGAGAGGAGUGGGCACAACAUUACCAGAAGAAGAGGGUAACCAACACGCUCCAUUGCCGAGGCAGGGAACAGAAGAUCCAGCAGUGACCUGAGUGCCGUCUCUGAAGCUCUCAAGCAGGCCCAGUAUGCAGCGUCGAACUGGAAGGCUAAGCAGUCGAGGAACAUCGGAGGAACUCCCUGAGCUGAAGGAAGUGGCCGGGGAGGUGAGAUGUCAGAUACCAGUGGUGGCUGUGGAAGAUGUGGAUGGAGCUGUUGAGGACUCUGCCGAGAAUGAAGAGGUGAACACAGGGAGAAAGACUGCACAGGAAGAGGCGGCACAAAAGGAAAGGGCGGCUCAGAAGCAGAUCAUGGCCAUACAAGAGCUGGUGGACACGGAGAGGAACUACUUGAAGCACCUGCAAAUUUGUGCAGUUACUAUCCGAGGCAACCUACAGAAGCUAGAGCCUCCGCUAGCCAAUCUUGAUGGAAUGUUCCAGCACAUUGACGAAGUGAUGGACGUGUCCGGCCGACUCCUGAGCAUGCUAGACCAGGCACAGAUGAAGCCCAGUGAUCCUCAGUACCUUGAAACUCUCUGUAGUUCUUUCCUGUCUAUGUCGGAAGACAUAGAGAUGGCAUACAAGGAAUAUCUGGCCAACUAUAAUAAUGUCACAGCCAUAGAGAACAGCUAUAAGCAGAAGGAAGCCCAGUGGCUAGAACUGGUGAAAGUAAUCAAGUCCUCUGUACCAGAUGUGAAUGCCUUCACUCUCAGUUUCUUCUUGGUGAUGCCCGUUCAGAGAAUUGCCCGCUACCCAUUGCUGCUGCAGACCAUACAGAAACACACUGAUACCCAACAUCCUGCCUACUCCCUGCUGGAACGCGCAGCUCACACCACCGUCCAGCUCAACUGGAGGAUUAACGAGUACAAGCGCUUCCGUGAAGUGGCUGAUAAGUACAAGAAGACAGAAAACCUGACCAUGAAAGACAAGAUCAAUCGACUGAGUAGUCACAGCAUUGCUAAGAAGACAGCCAGACUGGGCCAGUACAUUAAGCAUGAAACCGGUAUUGUACCAAAGCAAAAGGAUGAAGAGUUUGAUGCCCUUGCAGGCUUGUUCUUUGUUUUGGAGAAGGGUAUCACAGAGCUGCAUGCCAACAUGGCAGUCUAUCUCGGCCACCUGCAGAGGUUCCUUAGCUAUAGGACGGAGGAAGCCGACUUGGACCUGGAGGGCGAGAAGGCCGCCCUCUUCUCCAAGGAAAUUACUGUCGCACUCAAACAGUGGAUAUUCCCCGUUUAUGAGGCUCGCUUGAAGACUCUAGUAUUCAAGCCAUUGUCUUCUCUACGUGAGCUGAUGGCCGGGCCACGCAACCUGAUCCGCAAGAGGCAGGACAAGCUGCUAGACUUUGAGAUGAUUGAAGAGAAGAGUAGCCUGAGCUAUGAUGAGCAGGCCAUUGCCAACACUUACAAGACGAUCAACACACUGUUGCUUAACGAGUUGCCUCAGUUCAAUGCCAAAGCCUUGCAGCUACUGUGGGCUACUCUGGGUGCCUUCAGCUGCCUGCAAAAGGACCUGGCUAUGGACAUGGAACAGCUCGCCACUAGCUUUACUCAUGAGCUCCCACAUGCUUAUCUGGACAGCAGUGCGUUCUGGGAGUGGGCAGAGAGCUCAGUGCUGGAGGGUGCCAGGAAGCUGGAGACACUGUGUCAGAGUGUUCAGGAUGCGCUCAACGCUCCCAUUGUGCAGCCUGCUAUUGCAGUAUCUGAGAAGCGUCUGAAAGACUUGAUAGGCAGACAUGGCACAAAAAAGCUCUACCAGCUGACCGGGCCUGUGGUGGCUACGCGUGACCUCGACCUCACCCUGAACACAGGCGAGCUGGUGGCUGUGAUCAGUGAAAUGGACACGCGAGGGGAUCGACGCCGCUGGCUGGUGGAUGCAGGAGGUCCCAAGGGUUAUGUUCCAGCAUCCAAGCUGACUCACUACAACCACAUUGCCAUGGCACAGCCGCCUCCUUCCCCAUUCCUCGAUGCCACAUCCAGUGGUCCAGGAACAAGGAGACACUCGUACACACCGGGAAUUCAGCCCACCAUCACCAUGACUACGCCCUGCUUCCAGGUGUUCGCGGGGUAUGACUUCACAGCACGGAGCAGUCAUGAGUUGUCUCUGCGGGCUGGGGAACCGGUGCGUGUACUGGAGUCGCACGAUAAGCGGGGCAAUGCCGAGUGGAGUCUGGUGGAGGUGCGAGGUCAAAAAGGCUAUGUCCCCUCAAACUACCUCACCAUUCUGCCUUCAGUGGUGGCAUCACCCACCCUGCCCUACCAAUAGAAUCUACCCACCACAGUAUAUCUGCAUGUGCACUCCAAACACACCCACACACACACUGGUCACCCUGUGCACACACUUUUACUGAAGGGCUCUCCAUGUGCAAGUGGGCAGGUGAUGAUUCUGCUGUCCAGUCUGCGAAUUGGAGUGGUGCUCGGGCCUCAUCAGGAGUCUCGUCUGCAGAUCGGCUCUGUUUAAAUCUGCUGCAGAGCGAGCUGUUUGUCACAGCCACGCUACCAGGUGGAGAUGAGCUGUGUGGCACUGAUGGAGUGUGUACUGUGUGGGCCUAACAGACUCUUCAGCAGAAUUAUUUCUCUCUGCAAAUCGCUCUCUGACUGAGCACCGUGGAGGGCGUAGCAUGACGGAGUGAGAAGAUGAAGGGUGAUGGACGGGUUCUGUGCCUCGAGCCCUACUCUGCAAUAUCUGUCUCUGACUCUCGGAGGAACUUAGGAACCUUGAGCUUUGGUGUUGAAUGUGGAUCUGAAGGCAGGAGCAUAAACCUGACUACCAUGCAGAAGGGGAUGUAAUCUCUAUUUGAUGACUGGAUGAGAUUGAGCUUUAUUUAUUUAUUUUUUUUAAACACCGUGACAGUGUUGUUAGCGUCACAUUACCAGGCUCACUACUGAUGGUUUUUAUUUGAACAGAAUGUAAAAUAAUUCCUGAGUGAAAUAAAUAGAAGGUACUGGGAUGGUUUUGUAAUUGGGACACUGGUAUAUGGAAGUGUGUAGUUUUAAAACUGGAAUUAUGUGUACAUGUCAACCUAUACGGAAUAUACGGAUUCUUUAAAAAAAAAAACUUCAAUAUUUAUUUAGAGCUAUAAUCAAUUCUCACGAUGAUAAGAGCGCAUAACAUUUACAAACGUACUGUACACCACAGAAAGCACAAACAGCCAGUAAAGAGUCUUAUGAAAUCGUGCGUUAUCUUGUGGUAGCGAGACUUCGUUCCACUUUUGAUCAUGUGCACACCACAUUGCGAGAAUCCCGCCAACCGGGAAGUAACAUUUUGUUUGAAACGCGCAUUUCCACCUGAGCGACUUUCACUAGCGACUGAAAAGAUUCUGAAUGGGCACUCCGUCAAGAUCAACACAGACACUUGCUGUGACAUGCAGCCUAGUGAGGUAUUAGUGCAGAGUGCUAAAAAAAGCUGUCAUGGAGUACAAUUCAGAACAUUAGAGUGACACUUUGUGUUUUUGUCAAACAUUGGAGCUUUGUAUUCAUUCUGAAGGUUUAUUGUUAUUAAUAUUGAAUAAAAAGUAACUUGGCUAUAUCAUUGUUAAUUAUCAUUCAAAUUUUAGGUAAAUUAUUUUAAUUUGCGGGUGGCAUGGUGGUGUAAUAGUUAGCGCUGUCGCCUCACAGCAAGAAGGUCCAGGUUCGAGACCUGUGGCUGGCGAGGGCCUUUCUGUGCGAAGUUUGCAUGUUCUCCCCGUGUCCGCGUGGGUUUCCUCCGGGUGCUCCAGUUUCCCCCACAGUCCAAAGACAUGCAGGUUAGGUUAACUGGUGACUCUAAAUUGACCGUAGGUGUGAAUGGUUGUCUGUGUCUGUGUCAGCCCUGUGAUGACCUGGCGACUUGUCCAGGGUGUACCCCGCCUUUCGCCCGUAGUCAGCUGGGAUAGGCUCCAGCUUGCCUGCAACCCUGUAGAACAGGAUAAAGCGGCUACAGAUAAUGAGAUUUUAAUUUGCAUCUUAUACGGAUUUUAUAAGGGAAAUACGUAUUUUGGAGGUUGGUUAUACAGGUUUGAUUGACCAAAGGUUGACAUGUAUGAUUAUGAAUUGUGAAAUAUUUACUUCAUUUUCACACUGGAUUAGCACUGCAUUGUAAUUGGGUUUUUUUUUUGUCCCCCCCCCACUGCGUUACACUGACUUACCUACUGAGCAUUUUGUGUAUCUGUUGCAUCGAAUGCAGAGAGAACACCCAGCCUGCUGCAGUGUCUGCCCAUCUGCAGCUACUCUAGCACUCCACUAGGGGCAGCACAGUUCCAUUCUCACAGCCUCUCUCUUCACUGGAAUUAGCUGAUUCUGUCUACUGGUUUACUCAGAAGUAAUCACAGACUCUCUCUGGUGUCCGGUGUUGUGUGGAAUUGCUUUGUGGCCAAACUCAAAGAACUGUAGCUUCUGGUUUAAGCAUUACCUCAGUUAAUAUUGAGCUUUAAACCAAGUGGUAAAAUAAUCUUUGGACUCCUUUUGAGAAGCAAUAUGUCUUGUUCAAUGGUACAGUUUUACUCUGAUCCUGGAAUCUGUUUUAAUUUAUUUUACCUUAAGUUUAAGGACAAGAAUAUCAGAUUGCUUAUAACUUAUUAAAUUGUCCAAUUGCUCAGAA